CCGCCAUCCCUCCCCCUCCUCUUCCCACCCACCCUCGCCGACCCUUCCCAUCCGCCUGCUGCACCACCCAGCACCCGCCACGGCCACCCCGCCACGCCCACACCACCUACCAACAGUACAACUCCACCCCAAUCGACUGUCUAAACCUUCACCGCGCGUCGAAUCCCGUUUUUUUCCCCUCGCAAACUUUGUUUGACGCCGUUACGAGAACAACGUCAACAUGUUGUAUCUCACCGCAGACAAGUUUCCUGUCUUCGUCCCAUUCGGUGUCAUUGGUUUUUACCGGUACCUCUGGUAUUGCAUUCGACUUUUGGCUCGCUUCACCUACCGCCCUAUCCCCUUACCAGACACCCCCACAUACAUUGCCAGCGAAGAUGUGACCAUCAUCGUGCCUACUAUCGAUGCCGGUGAAGAGUUUAAAGAGGCCGCUCGUUCAUGGCUAGUCGGCAACCCGAAAGAAAUCAUCAUUGUCACGGAAAACAAGAUGGCCCCGCCCCUGCAAGAGCUCGCCAACGCCGUCGACCCUGAAAAGAUCCGCGUCCUCACCGUCCCUGCUGCCAACAAGCGUCUUCAAAUGGCCCACGGUAUCCGAAACACCUCUACCGAUAUCAUUGUUUUUGCCGACGAUGACGCUAUCUGGCCUCCCCAGCUCCUGCCGUAUGUCCUUGCUUGCUUUGAGGACCAGCAGGUUGGUGGUGUCGGUACCAGUCAGAGGGUCCAGCCUUGUAACGAGCGCAUGACGAUCUGGGAAGUGCUCGCCGCUUUCCGAUUGACCAUCCGAAACAUUGAAAUCGCCUCUUCUACUCACAUUGAUGGUGGUAUCCCCUGCCUGUCUGGCCGUACCGCUGCCUACCGUACCAUCAUUCUCAAAGACCCCGAAUUCCUCCACGGCUUUACCAACGACUUUUGGCUCGGCAAGUACCACCUCAACUCUGGUGACGACAAGUUCCUCACCCGAUGGAUGGUGUCUCACGGCUGGAACACGUAUGUGCAGGUCUGCAAGGAGGCCGAGCUUUUGUCGACUAUGAAGCCCAACUGGCGGUUCUUGCUUCAGGUUUUGAGGUGGACUCGUAACACUUGGCGAUCCGACUUUAGAUCGAUCUUUACCGAGAGGCAUGUCUGGACCAAGCACCCGUAUGUGGCGUACACGAUGAUUGACAAGUUUAUCAAUCCGUUCACGUUGCUGGUUGGACCGUGUUUGGUCCUCUAUCUGAUUGUCAAGAGUACGAGGAGUGUUGGUGAUGGUGGUUACCAUCUGCCUGCUUGGGAUAUCGUCGUUUCUUAUCUUGUCUGGCUCAUGAUCACGAGAACGCUCAAGCUUUUACCCCAUUUGUGGUACAACCCUACCCACAUCAUUUACGUACCCGCUUUCAUUCUAUUUGGUUAUUACUUCGCCAUCAUGAAGCUCUAUGCCGCUUUCACGCUGCAUCAGACCGGAUGGGGUACCCGUACUGGUAUCGGAAAUGUCACCGAAGCCACCGAGGCUGCCGAGAAGGAACAGCUCGAAGCCCGCCAACGGCAACAAGAGGCUCAACAGCAGUACCAGCAGCACCAGCACGGUGCUGCGCAAGUGUAUGGCGGCCACCAAGGGUACUCUGACCAAGGGCAAGGGUAUGCGCAGUACCCCCAAGAGGGACAGCGCGAACCAAAGGCGUAGAUGGGUUUGUAACAGUUCUUUGAACGAUUCUUUUCUUUCCUUUCUUUUCUCUUUUGCAUCAUGACUCAUGACUCCUCCCCCUUUCUAUUUUUUGAAAGGGAAAGAGACGACUCUCUAUUUAUUACAAGCAUUCAUUAUACUCGGCUUUGUGACCCUCUGCUUCUCAACUACGUACGGGUAUUGACACUCCCAACCCCUAUUAUCACCUCCCUUAUUAUUUGCGUGUGUCUAUAAAAUUACAUUCCUUUUCGCGGAUAGGUGUUGAGGUUGAGGGGGUUUUGGAUUAUCUAGUGUCUCCGUUGUUUUCUUUAGAGCUGAGGGGGGUCCCGACUGGUGUAGAGUGUCGGCACGCACACGUACGCAUAUGUAUUGGACAUUAUCGUUAUACUGGGAGUGCAAGGUGAAUGGGUGAUGAGCCCGGGUAUGUAAUGGCGGGGCAGACUCGCCGGUAACCCGCCUGGAAUCUGUCCC